AUGUUCAAGCUCGCCGCCGCCACCGUCGCCCUCGUCGCGGGCCUCGCGCUCCUCGCCCCGGCGACGGCGGACCUCGAGGCGAUCACGCACAAGGUCUAUUUCGACGUCGAGAUCGACGGCGUCUCGGCCGGGCGCAUCGUCAUGGGCCUCUUCGGCGACACCGUGCCCAAGACCGUGGAGAACUUCCGCGCCCUGUCGACCUGCGAGAAGGGCGUGGGCAAGAGCGGCAAGGAGCUCUGCUACAAGAACUCGAUCUUCCACCGCGUGAUCCCCAACUUCAUGCUCCAGGGCGGCGACUUCACGCACGGCACGGGCACGGGCGGCGAGUCCAUCUACGGCAUGAAGUUCAAGGACGAGAACUUCAAGAUCAAGCACGGCGAGGCGGGCUACCUGUCCAUGGCCAACGCGGGCAAGGACACGAACGGCUCGCAGUUCUUCAUCACGACGAUCAAGACGUCGUGGCUCGACGGCAAGCACGUCGUCUUCGGCAAGGUCAUCGAGGGCAUGGACGUCGUCAAGGCCGUCGAGAAGAUGGGCUCCCAGUCCGGCAAGACGAAGAAGAAGGUCGUCAUCGCGGACUCGGGCGAGAUCGCCGUCUAG